GUUAAGUGUUGAUCUCCAUCUUUGUUGACACACGACGCAUAACCGUUCGUGUGUCGCUUCCGCGACAUUUCAACAACGGGAUGCUGUCAGUGUGGUCUCGUAUUUCAAUCUGUUGUAAAACCUUCCUGAAUACAGUGCCACUGACCCUGGAGGUGCCUGCCUACAGAAGUCAGACCUGCCUGUAGGACUGUCAGAUCUAACAAGGUCCCUUACCUGGCACCUUCUGAAGGAAGCGCUAUGUCCAUCUACACAACAAUGCCGCAGAUGCGAUGGGAGGCCUGCUGACGUUGGUUCCAACGAUCGUGAUGCUGGCGCUCACUAAAUGGACUUGUGGUAACCAGCGCCAGAGAGAAGGAAAGAACACAAUGUCACAUGAAUCCUUCCAAGAAAUGACUGUGUGCAAAGGCCAAACUGUCACCGUUAACAUCUGGCCUAACGUUUCCAGUGUCGAAGAUCUGAUUGGCUAUCCGCCCUUAGACUCUCGAGGUAGAAACCUCAGGGGACAAUGUGCUUAUGUCUUCAGCGGCCAGGACCCUCGACCUUUUGUCAUCUUCACCUACAGCCUCAGCGGCCUCCGAUUUGAAAUCAUUUCUCCAUCAGCUAAGUUCAGCGAUAAGUUUCCAUGGCUUCUUACCUUCUACAAUAUCGACAAGCUAGAUUCCAGAUACAUAAGUUGCACUGUGCAAAACGGAUCUUCGAAAGCGUGGAAAACAAAUUUUAACUUCAUCAUUACAGAUAUGAAGUCUCCUUUGCUUACUUCAAACCGAAUUACAAUGAGAACAUUGCCGAGAAACAAUGUCAUGACUGUUGAGUGUUCAUUAAAGACACCCGUGUUAUCCGGAUAUCCACCCAUCCAUCUGGCUCUCAGGGGUCCAUAUGGAGAGUUAAUAGAAAGCAGCAAACUGCCUACCUUGUUAUCAACUCUCCCUGAUGGCUACCUGGCAGGAACGUACUCCUGCGUCCUGGAGGGUCAGGCUAUGGCAUGCAUAUCUCCACGGCUAGUGGGCUCCCAACUGAAUGCUUCCAUUCAUAUUGAAUCCAUCUUGCCAAGACCUAUAAUCGAACACCCUCCAUUUCUGAUUGGUCGUGACGAUGCUCAUGUCAACUGCACCGUCCUUUUAAACCAGUUUGCUGCUGCUGAUCUUGGUUCGGGCCAUCCGCUUACCUGGGACGUCAACGGCCUUCCUCAGAGAAAUCUAGGAAGCACCAGGAGAUGGCGCCUUAUACCAGAAGGUCGAGUGGGCGUGCUGCAAUACGUCAGUGAACUAUUUUUAGGCACGGUUGGAAUCCUCCACAUAGAGCAGAACAUCACCUGCACUGUGAGAGUUGGGCUCAAGACGUCAGCCUCGUCUUGGAUAGUGCAGGUUGUUUUUCCGCCACUUCCGCCCACUAUCCUUGGUCCUGACUCCGUUCUGAUUGGAGACGUCACGCAGUUCCGGUGCGUUACAGAGGGUGCCAGCCUUGUAGCCCCCACUAUUAAUUGGGACGAUAAUUCGGGGCGACACCUGCAGGACAUGACGCACAGCUCGUACGUCACUUACCAAGAAAGAAGCCAGUGGAAAGCGUCACAAUACAGUUCUAAUCGUCUGCGGACACCAGAAACAUUAAACAACGGCCGUUGGCUCAGACUAAAGAGAAGUGCACUCUUUUGGAGGUCCUCUGUGUUAACCAAGAGCGAUUUUCAAAGGUUCGGCAACUCGCCAAGAAAGCUUUAUGAUGCCACAGCGAUUAUUAAAAGGAUUAGAAAAAGGUGGAAAGGAAGAGUUUCCGCAUCUGUCCAGGUUUUUAGUACCAACAACAACGCUCGGAACCGCAGAGGUAGCGAACACAAGAUUUUUUUCUUCCGUCUCGAUUGCAGGCCGACGUAGAAUCUGGAACCACCAUCCCACCCUGGAAAUUUGUUGCCAAGAAACACCUUGGAAAACUCCGACUUUUCAGUAGAAAGUAGGACACCAAGUGUCAAGAGGAAUGGAGAAAGAACGGAGGGACAAGAGACAAAGACACGGAAGGAUAGGAAAGCGGUUUCGAGGGCUCGAGCUAAACGCAAAGACCACAAAAGCACUGGAAAGGACACAGCCUUCUCCACUGAGCAAUACCCGCGAGCAGUCAAGUUAGAUUCUGUGGCGCAGACCGAUCUUUUCACAAGAACAGACUCACCUGCAGGUCACAGGUCAAGGAGGGCAAAUGCCGAGGUAAAAGACGCCGCGGGAAUGCCCAUAGAAAGUAUUAAGGAUGGCAAGCGUCUUGAAAUAGCAUCCCGAGUUUCGCAGAGUAAGAGAUACGCUUCUUCAGGCAGUGAGGAUGAUGACGCUUGGCUUUUAGGGGGAGAAAAUUUUGAGGACGAAGAAAACAACAGGAAUAAAGAACGUACACAGAGUAAGCCAGUGGAAUCCGCGAAUAAGGAGCCGAGUUCCGUCACAUCUUGGAAACAGGGAAACGAUGAGAAAGUCAAAGGUUCCCAACAUGAUCUUAGCAGGAGGAACACAAUGUCUCCUCUUUCCACUGAGAAUAACAUAAGUGCAAGUAACGAAGGACAGAAGAAAGGUGGAUACUUUGGUGCAGAUCAUGAAAUGAUGAGAAAGACGGCCUAGAAAACAGACUCAACGCAUCAAGCACGCAGACACAGAGGCAUGGCAACAGUGAUGGGAGAAAAAGUGGAUUGGAAGAUGAAGGACCUGAUGGCAGCUACCUGGGCAAGAAGCACAAGGCGACAACAAUGUAUCGGGUGGUGUCCGUACUGGACUUCCUACCCUUGCCAGAAGCGCGGGAAACUGAGCUUAAGUGCAUAGUCCAUCAUCUGACACUGGCCGAGAAAAUCAUUGCCAUCAAGAAAGUGUAUAUCACAGAUCCUCCCUUUGAGCCGGUGAUACUAGGUCCUAAUGAGAUACGUCAGGGCGAAAAUGCCACGUGGACGUGCCACAGCAAAGGACCCUCUUCUUCUCCUCCUAUAAUCAGAAUGGUCAGAUAAUCAGUCACGUGAUCUGACAACACUUAGCUGGACCUCUAGUACCUCGUUCCUUGGAGAGGACGGGCGGCUGUGGCACAACGUGACCAGCAAGCUGACCUACUCGCCGAGCUGGCAGGAGCGGGACAUGAAACUGCGCUGUACAGCUACCUUCUCCAUCAUCACCAUCAGUGUUUCUGGCAUGAUCAACAUUAGUGUCAAAGAUGACUCCUCAUCAUUGUCAGAAAAGCUAGGGUCGGCUGACGUCACAGGAUCUACGCACACACAGACAGAAACCAGUUCUGGUGAAAACACGUCUGCUCCACGUCCUCACCCAGACACGUCUUCUGGCUCCGGUACUAAGACCCUUGUCAACUCCGUGCCAAACGGCGAACAAGAACCUAAAGCUAACAUGAAUGCAAGUCCCGAAGAACAAAGUCUCGUGUAUUCCAUGUCUAAAACAAGACGAUAUCUGCUGGAAAGUACAUCUAACACAGGUGACAACGACAUGGAAGCCUCAGGGAACAAUAGCACAAGGUCAACAUCUAACACAGAUGACAACAAGAACCUUGUAGAUAAACACAGCAUGCAAGUCUCUGAGAACAAUAGUGCAAGGUCAGCAUCCAACACAAGCGACAACGGUAACCUUGUGGAUAAACACAGGAUAGAAGUCUCAGGGCACAAUAGUGUAAGUUCAAGGUCUUCACAAGAGGGAAAUCAUUUGGAUCAUUCAAGUGGACGUUCCGAUGCCAGCGUCGUCCCACCCACCAAAGCUGACGACCUCAAUAGCAGCAGAGAUAACACCAGCGAGAAGAAAAUUCUGGAGCUCUCAAACUUGAGAGUUCUACUGAAGACAUUGCACACAAGAGGCAAGACUCUACCGACUUGGAAAAGGCACGAGUUCUUAUCAGACAAUACCACUUCUGUUGGUAAUUUUGUCAAGAAAAUUGAAAUGGAUACAGAUUCUAAUAUUUCGUCUGAAGCAGAGCUCAGAGGAUCUCCGAAGCCCUUUGACGAUGAUAAAACAACUGUUAAUUUUAAUACAUCUUACAAUGAUACAAAAGUGUUUUCUCCUGCAGAGAGCGAAGUAUCUCACAGUCAAGAGGUGAUGAAUUCAUUUAGAAAAGAAGAUAAAACCUUGCAAACUAACGGCAACGAAUCUGCAGAAAAGAAACUAUAUACGGCAGGUAAUAGUACAUCAAGUAACACCAACAGUUCCAAUACGCUUAGCAAUGAAGCGCAAGGUAGUGGACGAUAUAAUCCGGGUUUACCUAACUCUCUAAACACAUCUAAUCCCAUCAGCUACAAAGUCAACUUCACGAAGUCAAACACUGAAAAAGAUGUUUAUUCAGACCUAGGAGUUGAAAGUUAUGUAGAGGGAAGCAAAGCCAGAAGCUCAAGACAUCCAAGCACACUGAAUGAUAAAGUGAAUUCUUCAGUUGCUACGAGCAGUGGUAAAUUAAACCUAACAUCUCAGGAAAACACUCUCAGCCCUAAACAUACGGACUUGGAAGUGGGGGUGAAAAAUGUACACGAAAAGAGCCAAAUCAAAAUAUCCGGUUGUUAAAAAUACAAGAAAGCAGGAGCGAAAUGAAAGCGAUGAUUCUCGCAGUGAAAGACUGAACUUAGCAUCUUGGACAAAGUCUCCUGAGCUGACAGAAAUCGGCCUUCAAGGUGUCAAAAACAAAACCACAACACCACUUGCUGAGAGAGCUAAAGAACAUCCCAGUAAUUUGAAAACAAACAGUGGAAUACAUACUUCAGUAACUGUAAGAAGAGGUGCACCAAACAGGACGUCAUGGGAUAACUCUUCUAACACUGGGAAUAUCUUAGAUUCGCAGCUCGGUGUUAAAAAGGAUGAAAAAGAAAAAAUCAGACACCCUCGUUUUGAAAAUACGAAGCACCGCCCCAAUAACUUACAGGCAGAGGAUGGAGUAAUCUCUGAUGUGAUUAGCAGGAACGAUGCACAGAACCUCACGUCACAGCCCGCCACAGCAGGUCACAACUCGUCACAGCCCGUCACAGGUCCCAACAGGUCACAGCCCGUCAAGACGGGUGGCAAGGACAAAGAACUUGGUAGUGGAGUCUUUGAUGGCAAGGCCAGCCUCGUCACACCCAGGCUCUCGGUUUCAGAGGCAUCGUUCCCACCAUUGAAUAGCAUGAUACCAAACACUGGCGAGAAGGAUUGGAAGGCGCAUGUCGACCAGCCUGUCCCACAAUUGUAUGACGACUAUGACAGGUUCGAGAACUUCGAAAAACCGGACAAGAAAAAUGUUGAGAAGGAACCGGCCCAAGACUUGCCAGCGAACGCCGGCACGGACAAAAUGAUGUUUGCCGCUGGCUUUGUGUCCGUCUUCAUCUUGCUGGUGUUGGUGGCGCUAGGGUUGUUGUGGUACAAAAGACUCCGCAGGCACCCCGAUCCCACUGACGGGUACUAAGUCACCAUUGGACCUGGUACUGGGCAAACUGGCAGAGUGCAGUGAAGUUCGGAGAAAUUAGGAUUGUUUUCAGCGUUGUCCUUCCAAACGCUGGCUUCGGCAGUAGAAUACUGUUCUAGUAAAUUUCUUCUGGAAGAUUCUCAAGAUGCUGUGUUCCACAUUCACGACGUUUUUAGUACUACCCGCAUCGUCUUCGGUUUGUUUCUGCAAGGAUCUGAACAACAGCACAGGGGGAUGACAUAUACACUUGUAUCUGGGCCCUGAGGGUAAAGUUCAGUAAUAAAGCCCUCCAACUCUGGUAGUCCGACACAGCCGCAACUGCUGUUAGCUAGAGUCUAUAUACAGAAACUAUUUAAAGCCCUGUCGUCAUGAAGCAGGUGUUUUAGCUAGAGUCUACAUACAGAAACUAUUUACAGCCCUGUCGUCAUGAAGCAGGUGUGGUUUGCCUGCAGCUAAGCGAGUCGGUGCCGUCUGUGUUCAACAUCGGCAAUUGGACACUCAGGCUUUCUUCCCUCCUUCUCGACCGCAAAAGUGCAGGAUGCCUGAAUAUACUACAAGUGCUGUGCCGACACCACGUGUUGUGUCCCUUGUGUCCUCGUGUCGGCGAUCCAUAUUGCGUACCAGUAACAAACCAAUAUGACAUGUUUUCCAUAUUUAAGUUGUUGUUGCCUCAUGGACGUGUAUUGAUCGUGGGGUAGGGUGUAAGGGACAGAAAAUAUUAGGAAAGAAAUGAACAACAAAAAAUACUUUGAACAAUUUAUUCAACUUUCUGUGAAAAACAAAGAUAGGUUUAACUUAAAGUAUAAAGUGGAAGUGUUCGAACAAAAUACUCAUGAUAGGUUGUUUUAUGAUAAGACGCAUGUAUACACUAAGUUGGCAUGUGUUCUCUUGUAAAACUGAUUGAAAUACCUGAUGCAGCGACAAGAUGUCAUGUUGAGAAACAAAAGCAGUGUCCCAGAUAUGUUAUCACCUUUUAAUGUUUUGAAAUACUCUGCUUGUACGUUUCUUUUCCCGUCUAUUAACAGGAAAUCAAUCUGAAUUCUGUUCUUCUCUCUACUGGGAAUCAUUUAAAUUGUCUUAACCAAUUAGAUCCUAAAAUGAAGCUGCUUACCUUUCAAGAAAAAAUAAUUUCCAUAUCA